AAUCAAGUAGAUAAUUUUGUAGUAAAUAAGUGUAAUAAAUGCAGUGAAUAGUGUGAGGGUAAGGUUAACUUUUAUCUGCAUGGUCGUGAAACACGAGGAUAAAAAACCCCAAUAUUUUUAGCAAUCUAUUUAUCCAGCAUCUGCUGGUGUAUUAAUAAUCGACAUGAAUAUUUAUGUAACUCACAUCCGGCCAUGCUCACCUUGGAUUUAUUCCGACACGCGUACCCAUAUUAUUUACACCAGACCAGACCAGCAGCUGAUUAACAACUAGUCAAGCUCUGAUAAUUAAUGUGAUACUUAUUUAUGUAUGUAAUUCCUCACAGGAACUGAGAACUAACUGGAAUUAUUUUUUCCCACACGUGAGAAGGAAGAAAUUCUUGGAAACAUAAGUUUUCUUUUACGUAAAUGCAUCGCGAGUUUAGUUUUUGAGUGAGAGUGACUUGGUUGUUUUGUUAUUGGCAAGUUAAAUAUUACACAAUCAAUUCUUCUAUGAUAAGAUUAUCACCGGCAGAGGUACAUAUUUUACUAUCUAAUUUAACCAACGUGGUAGUGACGGAUAACCAUCCUGUAAAAAAUUGUGGUAGAGUGACAUACAUAUAAAUACUUUAUUGAUUUUGUAAUACAUAAUUUCCCACUGGAUUGAGUGGUCAAUUUUUAAUUACCAUAACUUUACCAAAAGUAUCGUUAUCACGGUUCCGGUAGCCAUUAAUAUAAAUACAUAACUUUGUGCACGUGUAUUGUGGCCAGGAACGAUUUUAUACCAAUUGCUUAACAGUGUAACAUUCAUACCGUACAGCGCACUAAAAUCUAAACUAGACUAAAAUCUGCUCACUUCCCAGUAUCAAUUCUUAGGCAAUCAAGUAUAACCGACAAUUUGUUAGCCGUGCAACCAUUGAUAAAUUGGUGUUGUAAAUUGCAUAGUACCUCUACCUCUGCCGGUAAUAAUGCAUUUUUACAGUUACCGAGUUGGUGUAAGUGUGGUUUACAUAAGUUAACGAUGUUGGUAAGCGAUUCGACGUGGACGCAUUUGCGAAUCCCGUUUUUCUUCCUGCUUUCUCCCGUCUACUUCUUUUCCUGGAGUCAAGUCGUCACCGGUGAGUGGAGCUGGUUUGAGGCGGCCUUAAUUUUUGUCUUGCCGCACUUCCUCCUUUAUCCGGCUGCCAAUGGGUACAACUCCUAUUUUGAUAAGGAUGAGGGGUCCAUCGGGAUUUUGGAAAAGCCGCCAACAGUAACGGAUGAAUUAUACUGGACGACGUGGGCCUUAGAAGGGAUCGCUGUCUUGGUCGGGGCGGUACUUUUAAAUAGCUCAUUUUUGGCUACUGCUCUACUGGGGGUGGUGUUUUCCAAAGCGUAUAGCCACCCAGCGGUCAGGAUUAAGGCGUACCCCAUCCUUUCGUGGAUUCUUGUACCGGUGGUUCAGGGUUACUGUUCCAUCUUGGGGAUUACUGGAGCUUUAUUAUCUUCCUCAACGGGUUACCAAGAUAUGAGGAUUCAUCUGGCCGGAAUUCUGACUACGCUUCAACUCCUCGCGUUCUACCCGAUGGGCCAAGUCUAUCAACAUGACGAAGAUAGGAAACGGGGCGAUAUGACGAUUAGUUUGGUGUUGGGGGUGAGGGGGACGUUCAAACUGGCCUGGUGUUGUGCUGCUGUGGCCAAUGCGGGAUUUCUUCUGUAUUUUGUGACAUACUAUAAAAACUAUGGAACGGUGUGUUUAGCUCUGUUGGGGUCCCUGGUGCCACCCACGGUGUACGCGUGGGGCUGGUCGAGACGGGUGUGGGCGGACGAGAAAGCGGCGGAUUUUAAAGGGACGAUGAAACUAUUUUGGUUGGGGGCGAUGUGCAAUAAUUUGUUCUACAUGUGGCUAACGUACUUUACGUACAUGUAUGAAUAAAUAGAGUAACUGCAGUAAAGAUUAAGCAAGUAUUUAAUUGAGAUGAAUUCGUGGCAGUUGUAUUGAAAGAUUUCAUGUUCAAAAUAAGUAUGUAAAUAAAUUAUUAAAUUUAAAAAUA